AUGAAGAGGAAGCUGGCACUCUCCGAGAUGCGGUUGGUUCUUCUCGUUUUAUUGGUGUGGCUACCAACAAGAUCAGUGCUGGCUGACUCCCUGGAAGACGAAGCUAAGAAUAACAUCACCAUCUUUACAAGAAUUCUAGACAGACUUCUGGAUGGUUAUGAUAAUCGCCUCAGACCUGGAUUAGGAGAUAGUAUUACUGAAGUCUUCACUAACAUCUAUGUGACCAGUUUUGGACCUGUGUCAGAUACUGAUAUGGAGUACACAAUAGAUGUUUUCUUCCGUCAGAGAUGGAAAGAUGAAAGAUUAAAGUUUAAAGGCCCAAUGAACAUUCUUCGACUAAACAACCUAAUGGCCAGCAAAAUCUGGACCCCAGAUACAUUUUUUCACAAUGGGAAGAAGUCAGUGGCUCAUAACAUGACUAUGCCAAACAAACUUCUGCGAAUCCAGGAUGAUGGGACACUCUUGUAUACCAUGAGGCUUACAGUCCAAGCUGAAUGUCCAAUGCACUUGGAGGACUUCCCUAUGGAUGCUCACUCGUGUCCACUGAAAUUUGGCAGCUAUGCAUACACAACUUCAGAAGUGACAUACAUUUGGACUUAUAAUGCUUCAGAUUCAGUGCAAGUGGCACCAGAUGGCUCAAGACUGAACCAGUAUGAUCUUUUAGGCCAAACAAUUGGAAAAGAGACAGUUAAGUCAAGUACAGGUGAAUAUACAGUAAUGACGGCUCAUUUUCACUUGAAAAGAAAAAUUGGUUAUUUUGUCAUUCAGACUUACCUCCCCUGUAUCAUGACUGUCAUUCUGUCUCAAGUGUCAUUUUGGCUGAACAGAGAAUCUGUACCUGCCAGGACAGUCUUUGGAGUAACAACUGUGUUGACAAUGACAACACUAAGCAUCAGUGCUCGAAAUUCACUUCCCAAAGUAGCAUAUGCAACAGCUAUGGAUUGGUUUAUUGCUGUUUGUUAUGCAUUUGUAUUCUCUGCAUUAAUUGAAUUUGCAACUGUUAAUUAUUUCACAAAACGAGGAUGGGCCUGGGAUGGAAAAAGUGUAGUGAAUGAUAAGAAAAAAGAAAAAGCAUCUGUCAUUAAGAAAAACAAUGCCUAUGCAGUAGCUGUUGCCAACUAUGCUCCAAAUAUUACCAAGGACUCAGUGCUACCAACCAUCUCCAAGAGUGCUACAACUGCAGAACCCAACAAGGCAAAACCAGAAGCAAAGCCACAAGAAGCAAAGAAGACAUUCAACAGUGUUAGCAAAAUUGACAGAAUGUCUAGAAUAGUGUUUCCAGUCUUAUUUGGUACUUUUAAUUUAGUGUAUUGGGCUACAUAUUUAAACAGGGAGCCUGUCUUACUUGGCUUUGCACCAUCAACCUAA